GCCCCUCGGGCUCAGAACUUGCACCGGGUGCCGUCGGUCGCCGCGGGAGCGUGAGUGCUGGGCGCUGGGCUCUAGGACGCAUUGUCGCCACCUGGCCGACUGCAAGCUUGUUUCUUUCCCCAUCUGCAUCUACAAGGUCCUGAGGAACGUCUCUGAUCAGAUCCAUCUCAUCACGCUGGCUAACAAUGAACUCAAGUCCCUCACCAGCAAGUUCAUGACCACCUUCAAUCAGCUUCGAGAGCUACGCCUGGAGGGCAACUACCUCUUUCGACUCCCCAAUGAGGUCAGCAGCCUGCAGCACCUCAGGGCCAUUGACCUGUCCCGGAACCAGUUUCAAGACUUCCCAGAGCAGCUGACCACCUUGCCUGCACUGGAGACUAUCAACCUGGAGGAGAAUGAGAUAGUGGAUGUUCCGGUGGAGAAGCUGGCUGCCAUGCCAGCUCUGCGAGUCAUCAACCUGCGCCUCAACCCCCUGAGCGCCGACGUGCGUGUGAUUGCCCCACCGCUCAUCAAGUUUGAUAUGCUCAUGUCUCCAGAGGAUACGCGGGCCCCUCCGCCUUAGGACACACUCCUUGCGCUCACCCAGCAAGGGACAAAGGAUACUGGCCUGCCACCCUGAGAGGAGGAAGGCCCAUGGGAAGCCAAGCUUGGGGAGCGGGGUGGGUGGGCCAGGCAGCAUACAGAGGGAGGGGCACAGCUAAGCCAGGGUGGGUAGCUUAGCACUGUAGUGAGCCCUGGUGCUCCAGAGGGAGGAGGGAGGUGAGGCUAGAGCCUAGGCUCAGGGCCAUCACAGCUGCUGAGCUGACUUGGUUAGGUCUCUUGCUCUCUCUGAGCUUGGUUACUUGAGAGAAGGAAAAAUUGUGGCAAGCCUUUCCUGCCUGGGACCCCUCAGAGGUUCUGUCUCCACAUCGUCGGACGCCCUCUAAGCUCCUGGAUGAGCCUCGCUGGGCAUUUGGUGGACCUUAUGAUUUGAAGCCUGGUUUCUAGUGUGAGAAUCAAUCACCAUUCUGAGAGACCACCUCCACCUAUUUAUCGACUUCUGAACACAGUGGCGCCCAUCAUGGUGCCAUGUCCUGGCCAUCAGUGUCCCUGGACUGGUCAGAGCCUGAGCCCAGACAUUGGUUGGGCCUUGUGGCAGGAGCAUUUAUGAAGAACCCCACAGACAUCUGGCCAGCUCAUUCUUCCUUGUCCUGAGACAUUGUGUGAAGGACUUUCUACACACUCCGUUCUAUCCCUCCCUGAGAAUGGCCUGGCCUGGUCAGACAUUACCCACAGGGCCAUAGGAGAGGUGGCCCAGAGAAGACAAAGCCACCUGCAUGUGAUAACUGGGAUCCAAGGUCCUUAGGUGACCUCCUUCACCCUGACCUUCCUCUUGUGACCUCCCUCUGAUGACAACCUGGUUGCCUCACCCUGGCUCAGUACCACCAACCUCAAGGCUGUCACCAUAAUGACCUGCCAUCUUGAUAACCUUUGCCUGUGGCCUAAGGGGCCACCAACUGUCCCAGUAUGCCCAGAACUGUGGCAUUUCCCAGGAGGCAGCUGGGCCCUUGCCCCCUGCUAAGGCCUGUGCUUGGGGAUAUCCCUGACCCCCCUCAAUCUUCAUGUGUCUACCUCCUCACCUGAACAGCAGGCCUAUCAGCUGCCCCCGGUCCUGGCUGGUCUACACCUUUGUAUAGGUCUGUGGAGGCCCCAGGACACAGGCAGGGCUAGGCCACUUUGUCUCCAACAUUUUGCCUUUAGCACCCAAACUGUUGUUCAGCGGAAACCCACCACGGAGUUUGUCCAGGUCCCUGUCUCUUCACAAUGUUCCUGGCUCUCAGUAGGGUUGCCAUGGGAGCACUGCUGGUAUCAUGGCUGUGUAUCCUAAAAGAAACCUUGCCUAUUCCGCUUUCAUCCCUAGGCCAGCCAGCCAGAUGAGGAGGUAGACACAGGGCCCAAGCAAGGGCUGGGUGCAGCCUGAACUGGAAUGGCUCCUCCAGCACCACCCCCAUCCCCCGUGUCUCUGAGUUGGGGGUUUUACCUUGUAAAGGAAGAGGGAUGCAAGAGCCUGGCAACUCUAAGUGUUGAUAGGCUCACAGCAGCUUGCUAAAAAUACAGCCUCCAGGGGUGUAUACCUGAGAUCCGGCACAUGGUGGGCCUGAGACCGUAGGAUUGUGGAGGUGAGGUCAGCCUAUGCUGUAUAAUGAGAGCCUAUCUCAGUGCAACAAAAGCAGACAAAGUAAAAGAAGAAGAGUGUCAGACAUGGUGAUGGUCCCUUAUAAUCCCAGAUCUCCGAAAGUAGAAGCAGGAAGGUCAGGAGUUCUAGGCCAACCUUGGCCUAGACUAAAUAAUCCCGGGGGCUGGAGAGAUGGCUCCGAGGUUAAGAGUACUGACUGUUCUUCCAGAGGUCCUGAGUUCAAAUCCCAGCAAUCACAUGGUGGCUCACAACCAUCUGUAAUGGGGGAUCCGAUGCCUUCUUCUGGUGUGUCUGAAGACAGUGACAGUGUAUCUAUAUACAUGAAAUUAAAAAAAAAAAAAAAAGAGUCCCUGGGCUGUGUGAAACACAGUUCCAUCUCAGUAAAGAGGAAGCUAAAAUGCAGGGUCUCAGACCUUACACUGGCCUUCAAAGUUAGAGUUAGUUCUUGUCCCAGCAAGAACAGUAGCUGAUUUCUUCCAGGAAUGUCAUAGUUUGAGCAUCAGCAGAGGGCCUGGGCGGCAACCUGGGUGUAUGCAGAGUGAAGGCUGGCCCUCCUCCUUGCUUCCAUAGAUCUGAGUAUAUGUUCAGCCUCCCCCAGCUCCGCCCUGGGAGACCCCUGUGUCUCAGAUCGUUUCCCCAUCUUUGUGUCUCUACAACGGUGGAGAUAGUGAUCACCAGGUGAUGGUUAGGCAUGCCCUGUCUUCCCACCCUACCUCUGGUUAUCCCUGCAUGCCAAGUGGGGUUGCUCCUAGUAGUUGUUCUCUACGCUGCCUAGACAGUAUGUUCUGGCCUGUCUGGGCAAGCUUGGGCAGUCAGAACCCUCCAGAUCCAGGCUCACAGUGUGAAGAAGUCCCAUACUUCAGUCUGCAAUAAAAGAUGCUGUGCUAAUCUCA